GAACGCGAGCCCGAACGCGAAAAAAGCGAUCACGUGACGAGUGACGACCUGACGACGCUUUAGGUUAGGGGUUUGUUGUCGUUCCUUGCACACUUGCAGUUGAAUGUUUAGAACGUCUCGUCUUUUCUCUUCUUUUCUCCGACGUCAAAUUAUACAUCAUCUCUUUCAUUUUAAUUGCGUAAAGUGUGAUGUAGCGUAGCUCUGCGACAAACGCGGAGAACUUGUCAUCGCGGAUCAGCUGUUCGCCAGCUGAUCACCCGGAUCGCCGCGCCGCGAGCACGUGAUCGCUCGGGAUUACUUGCGAAAAUUAUUAAUUAAUCGUUCUCUUAAUUGCGAGUCACUUUCGUACGGGGCACAGCGUGUUGAUCGCAGCGUUGAUGCACUGGAUGCACAACGUAAUGAAGUCCUUCCGCGAAGCCCUCGCGAGUGCCAGCAACAUCCUGAUUCUAACCGGCAGCGGGAUCUCCGCGGAGUCCGGCGUGCCGACCUUCCGCGGCGCCGGCGGGUUUUGGCGCAAAUACCAGGCGCAGAGCCUCGCGACGCCGGAGGCCUUCGCGGCGAACCCCUCGCUGGUCUGGGAGUUCUACGAAUACCGCAGGCAGCUCGUGAGCAAGGUCAAUCCGAACAAGGCGCACGAGGCUGUGGCGGAUUUCCAGAAGCGCAAAACAGCAGAGGGUAAGAAGGUGUCGAUCGUCACGCAAAACAUAGACGGUCUGCAUCAAAAAGCCGGGGCGACAGAUGUGUUGGAGCUGCACGGUUCGCUUUACAGAACACGCUGCACCAAGUGCGGCAACGUUGCCGUUAACGAGAACAUUCCAAUCUGCCCAGCGCUGGCAGGAAAAGGAUCUCCUGACCCGAGCAUUAUGUCCUCUGAUAUCCCAACAGAACAACUGCCACGUUGCGAGGUCAAAAAUUGCGGCGCGUUGCUGCGACCUGAUAUCAUAUGGUUUGGGGAACAGUUAGACGCGAACGUAUUGGAGAAGGCCUUUGACAUUGUGGAAACGUGCGACGCUUGUCUGGUUAUUGGAACUUCGGCGAUCGUCUAUCCAGCCGCUAUGUUUGCGCCACAAGUAGCGCAACGUAAUAUACCGGUCGCCGAAUUUAAUAUAGAAAAAACGCCAGCCACGAGACGAGUGCAAUACCACUUCCAAGGUCCUUCUUCUAUCACUGUGACAGAAGCAUUGGCGCCUUAAAAGGGUUGGAAUAUAUAAUAAAAUAAUACGUGAACUCCUUUAUAGCACAAAAAAAAUGAUUACCUCACAAUAGCAUACUUCUGUAUUGAGUCCAAGCUGAAUCAAAUAAUCCAACCAUAA